AGAGAGAGAGAGGGGGAGAAGAGAGAAGGAAGAGGAGGAUACAGAUCACAGAGGCUUCUAUCAGGAGAGUGAAAAGAGUGAGAGAGAAAAAGAGAGAGAGAGAAAAGUCUACUUACUAGAGGGGAGUGUGUGUGGUGGGGAAACAUUAGACUCAAUUGGGACUUGUUCCUGGGCUGGGACCCCUGUGUUAGUGCAUGGAGCAAUAGCAAGCCCUUGGGAGGAGCAGAGCACAAGCGAGCAAGAAACAGAGUGAGUGAGUGAGAGCUUCUGUGAGAAACACAGAGAGAGAUAGAGAGAGAGUGAGAGAACGUGAGCUGUACCCAGUGAAAAACAUGCAGCCCCUCAGUUGGAUCGGUGCACUCUUCUUCCUGUUCUAUGUUUCCUCUGGAAGUGCAGACGUCAACAGGCAACGCAGACAAGUCCCCGCCGGUGGCCAACCAGGUGUGUGUCGCUAUGGCAGGAGACUAGAGUGUUGCUAUGGCUGGAAAAAGAACAGCAAAGGACAAUGUGAAGCUCAGUGUGAACAUGGCUGCAAGCAUGGAGAGUGUGUUGGCCCCAACAAAUGCAAGUGUUACCAAGGAUACACCGGAAAGACGUGCAAUCAAGAUCUGAAUGAGUGUGGCCUGAAGCCCCGUCCCUGUGAGCAUCGCUGCAUGAACACCCAUGGCAGCUACAUGUGCUACUGCCUCAACGGAUACACCCUAAUGCCUGAUGGUUCCUGUACCAACUCCAGGACGUGCUCCCUGGCCCACUGUCAGUAUGGCUGUGAGGAGGUACAAGGGGAGAUCCGUUGUCUCUGCCCGUCUGCAGGUCUGCAGCUGGGGCCGGACGAGAGGACCUGCGUGGAUAUUGAUGAAUGUGUAACUGGGUUGAACCUGUGCCCAUACAACAGACAGUGUGUCAACACAUUUGGUAGCUACUACUGCAAGUGCCAGAAUGGCUACGAUCUGACGUAUGUUAGUGGGAAAUAUGACUGUGUAGACAAUGACGAGUGUGCGGCCAACACACAUAAGUGCAGCCACCAUGCAGUCUGUCUGAACACUCAGGGAUCCUACAAGUGCAAGUGCAAGCAAGGCUUCCGUGGCAGUGGCUUCGAAUGCUCUGUCAAACCCUUUUAUCAAAGCUCGUGGGACCAGGGAGACAAAGGCAGUGCAGAUGAUAAUUUCCUCAAUGCUAUCCCAGACUCCCCAGUGAGACCCAGACUGCCAGGAAAGCUGGACAACGAGCAGAUCAAGAACGUCAUCCCCGAGCCCCAGGUGACCGUCCCCCCUCAGAUACGCAUGCAGCCCUUCGACUACGAUGGCGAGACCUACAUCGGUGGCUCAGAGAAGGUGGGCCAGGUGGACUUCACUAAUGUAGGGGAGGAGGAAGAAGAGGAAGAGGAGGAAGAGGAGGCAGAUGUGGACAACCAACUCAAUCCAAGAGGAGAUGUUUUCACAGUUCCAGAGGACUUUGAGUCAGUAUUUGGUCCUCCAACGGAAGUCAAAGAGAUUGAAAUAACUCCAGCCCAGGAAGAGUUCUUCAUGGACUGCAACUUUGAUCAGGGAGCGUGUGAGUGGGUGCAGGACAAGGACGAUAACGUCGACUGGAGCGUGUCCUACCAUGAAAACGGUAUGGAGUAUUACAUGGCUAUGAGUGGUCUUCUGGGGGAGAAGAAGGACCAGGCUAGGCUAAAGCUGCUCCUCAGUGACCGGGCCAAACAGGGAAGCUUCUGCCUCACCUUCAACUACCGCGUCACUGGAAACCAGGUGGGCUCGCUGCGGGUGCUGCUGAACAACAAUGCCUACCCUGUGUGGGAGCAGAGCCGCAGCCAAGACCAGGACUGGCAGACAGAACUGCUCACUGUGGCUUGGAAGAACCAGGCCCCAGAAUCUAUCAUCUUUGAAGCUGAGCGUGGGAAUGGAGUUAGGGGAGAGAUUGGGCUGGACAACGUGGUGCUGACCUCAGGCUCCUGUCAAGAGGAAGACGCUGCCAUCUUUUAAACUGCUCAACUCAGUGACACUGUAGAAUCAGUCCACUGUGUUUGACACACAGCUCAGAGGCAGAGCAGAAGUCUCUACCUUUAGUCUGCUCUUUUCAGAGAACACACACACAUCUUCAUAAUCCCAAACUAAGGGUGUAUUUUUGCUGUACUGUAUGUGCACAAGUAUUGUUCAGCCGUCCACAUUGGAAAGUGUUGCAUAAGGGUUUGAGCAAUGCUAUGUGGAGGGAUUUCUGCAAGUUUACAAGACUCUGCUUUUGAACUUUUCCGUUAAUUUGAGCCACCAAGACAAAGAGUAAUGUCCACAAAUAAAUGAUCCGACACAUAUAUACAGUUCGGAUUUCAAUGUUCACAAGUACUUUUAAUUUUAUUCAAUUUUUUUCACAUUAAAUAUCAGAUUUUUAUGUGAGAAUAUGUCAUGUCUACAAAAUGUCUACAAAAAACAAUAUUGUGUUGCUUUUUCAUUUUUUAAGUGAUAGUGAAAUACUGCAGGUAGCUGCAAUAUAGAAAGAAAUAAGAUAUACUAAGACAUGCAACUUGUAGUUAUGUGAAAUCAAAAUAUGAAUAUUAGAUUAAUCAAGAAGUCUUCACUUGAAGGUUACUAGGUUUUUAAGAUCAUAUUACGUGUAUGUAACAAUGAAUAAACUGCUGUAAAUUGCGCUUUCAUAUCGUAAUACAUAAAACAUGUUUUUAUAAGGA